AUGCGUGAAAGAACAUUAUCAAAAUCCUAUUAUAUAUAUUNUAUAUAUAUUAUUUUUAUAUUUUCAGAUAAAAUAGAACAGACUCUUUCAAUAAAUACUUCCACUGUAGAAAUAGAAGAAAAGGGAGUAAAGCUUAGAUUAACUGUUGUGGAUACACCAGGAUUUGGGGAUGCUAUUGACAAUACCGAUUGUUUCCUUCCAAUUAUUCAAUACAUUGAAGAUCAGUUCGAAUGUUUUCUGAGAGAGGAAAGUGCUCUAAAUAGAAGGAACAUAGUUGAUACUCGAGUUCACUGUUGUUUUUAUUGCAUUUCUCCAUUCGGACACGGUCUUAAGCCGCUCGAUAUAGCUUUCAUGACACGACUUCACAAUAAAGUCAAUCUUAUACCUUUAAUUACAAAAGCGGAUGCUCUGACUAAGACAGAAGUAACUAAACUGAAAGCUAGAAUAAUGAGAGAAAUAGUAGACAACGGUAUUCGAAUCUAUAAUUUUCCUGAUUGUGAUUCUGAUGAAGACGACGAUUAUAAACAAUUAGUCUGCGAGUUAAAAGAAGCCACACCAUUUGCCGUUUCUUCUGCUGUGCAAAGAUUUGAAGUAAGAGGAAGUAAAGUCAGAGGUAGAGCUUAUCCCUGGGGAACAUUGGAAAUAGAAAAUACAGAACACAGCGAUUUUUCAAAAUUAAGAUCCAUGUUAAUAACUCAUAUGCAAGACUUGCAAGAAGUUACACACGAGCUUCAUUACGAAACAUAUCGUUCGGAUCGUCUAGCAGAUAAAGGAGCCACUGUAUGGCGAAAAACACCUGUUCAACCUGAAGAAACAGAGAAAAUCUUGGAAGAGAAAGCGACUGAACUACGCCGUAUGCAAAGCGUUUUAAGUAGAAUGCAAGAGCAAAUGAAAGAAGAAAGUAAACCCUCCACCAAUUAUUAGAAACAUUCACUAUUAAUUUUAAAAAAUCUAAAAAGUCUUAAAAGAAACCGAUUUACUGAAUGCAAAAUUUUAAAAAUUUCUUUAUACAUUUCAUUUAACAGAAUUUGUUUUUAAUUUUUGUUAAUUC